AUGGCCUUUAGCUUCAGGUUUUUGUUGUGCCUUUUCUUGGUUUCGGGUCUCUUCUUAACCUGUCUAACUCGUCCUCUUGAUAGCGAUACAGCAUUUUCAGAGAGCCUGAAAGAAGUUUCCAGGACGAGUUUGCUGAAACAGAAGAUCAUUGAGAGGCAUUUUGAAUUCCAACAAUAUUCAAACGAUGAGGGUCGUGUGUUGAUGGAGAACGCCAAGGAAAUGCUCAAAGAUAGUGUAAAAAGACAAGAAAUUCUCGGAAAGUUUUUUGAUUCCAAGCGAGUGAGUCCUGGAGGCCCUGAUCCCCAUCACCAUUAA